UGUGGGUGCGCUGUUCUAAGCCACGUGCGUGUCUGUUCCUCAUCUGUGAAAUGGGGACAAUAAUCGUACGCUCAUAGGACCUUUAGGAAUUGUGUGCGGCUUGUGUAUGUCAACCUUUCAACACGGUGCCCGGAAUACAUAAACGCUAAAGAUGUUACCUUUUUAAAUUGUUAUUGUUGCCUAUUUCUGUGGCACUGCUGUAUUAGUAUUUAAAUGAUGCCUUAAUGUAGACUUCUGGAAGCCUGUUAAGGUGGCCCAUAUUCCUCGGAAGUUUUCAAAAAGUAUCACUGAUAGGUCUUGGAGGUUCUCUGGAUAUGAAAGAGGAAAACGAUGACUGCGGAUUUAUUAAUGGAGAAAGUUAAAGAGGAAAGGCAGGGUAUUAGGUUUCUCAGGACUGAGAGAAGGGGAAAGUAUGGGUUAGGCGAUGCUUUCAAAUUCAGUAUUAAACUUAGAACUGUCGAGAAUGGGAAAGGAGAAAGAGUCUUACCAACCUCCGAGCCCAACCCCAUCGCCCCAAACGGGUGAAAAGGCACCGAGACCCUGCGUAGCAGGAACGCACAGUUAAUGCCAGAACCUGCUAGUGGUUGUACCUGAGCCCCAGGCCAACUUUGUUGCCCCACGUUACCUGUUGAGUUUGAGGUGGAGGCCACAUGGCAGCUGAAGCUGCCCAUUUGGAAGUGCAAGUUGGAAGUUCUGAGAAUAAAAUAAGGCUUGAUAUAGUUAUCUGGAUCAUUUGCAGUUCUGCCUUUUAUAUACCGGGCCAUUGGUUCAAAGCAUCUUCCUGCCAAUAAUAUAAGUUUUGUGCAUUUUGAUUCACAUCCAGACCUCCUUAUUCCUGUGAAUAUGCCAGCAGACACUGUGUUUGACAAGGAAACACUCUUUGGAGAAUUAAGUAUCGAGAAUUGGAUUAUGCCUGCAGUUUAUGCUGGCCAUUUUUCUCAUGUCAUAUGGCUUCAUCCCAUGUGGGCUGAACAGAUCAGAGAAGGCAAACAUCACUUUUUAGUAGGCAAAGACACUUCUACCACAACAGUCAGGGUUACAAGUACAGAUCAUUACUUCCUAAGUGAUGGUCUUUAUGUACCUGAAGACCAGCUAGAGAACCAAAAACCUUUGCAAUUGGAUGUAAUUAUGGUAAAACCUUAUAAAUUCUGUAACAAUCAAGAAGAAAAUGAUGCAGUGUCUUCUGCUAAGAAGCCAAGACUAACACUGGAAGAUGUGGAAAACACUGUCUCUACUAACUGUGAUUCUUAUUCAGAAGGACUGGAAAAGGACACAGUGACACGGGAAAGUGGACAAACUUGCCUAGAACCAUCAUUUUCAUGUUCUUCUGAAAGUCAGGAAUGCCAUACUACAGCCAGCACUGGGAAAAUUCUGGAAAUUUUGGAAAAAGGGGAUGCAUUUGUUUUAGAUAUUGACUUAGAUUUUUUUUCAGUCAAGAAUCCCUUCAAAGAAAUGUUCUCUCAGGAGGAGUACAAAAUCUUGCAAGAGCUAUAUCAGUUUAAAAAGCCUAGUACCAACCUAACAGAGGAAGAUUUGGUAGACUGUGUUGAUACUCGAAUUCAUCAACUAGAAGAUUUAGAAGCUGCCUUUGCUGAUUUGUGUGAUGGCGAUGAUGAAGAUACUGUACGGAGAUGGGCUUCAAACCCUGGAAUGGAGUCACUAGUUCCACUUGUACAAAGUUUGAAAAAACGGACAGAAGUGCCAGACUAUGAAAUGGUUCACCAGGCUGGUCUAACCUGCGAUUAUUCAGAACUUCCUCACCACAUUAGCACAGAACAAGAAAUUGAAUAUCUUAUUCAGUCUGUAUAUUAUUUACUGAAAAAUUUACCAAAACCUACUCUUGUAACAAUUGCAAGGUCAAGUCUGGAUGAUUACUGUCCUUCUGAGCAAGUUGACACCAUUCAAGAAAAAGUUCUCAACUCGCUGCGCUCCCUCUAUGGGAGUCUAGACAUUCACUUGGCAUAUUCAGCAGGUUCUUCUCCAUCCUGAAACAAAACCAAACACUAUGUUCCUAUUACAUCUUCAUGUAGUAACGGGUUGCAUUAAAUUAUUUGUAGUGAGUCUUCCAGAGAACACUGUGUGUUUUAACUUUCAGUUGAAACCUUUCAAGUAUUUUGAAUCUCCAAACAAAUACCAUCAAAUGUUGAAUGAUGACAUUUUUUUUGGCAUCAAGACUUCAUCCAACUGAUAGAACUCUUGCUUUUUCUUUCUUUUUUUUCCAAUCCUUGUCCUCUUCUUUUUUGUGAGAGGUUUUUUCCUCUCUUUUACCCUUAGGUUGGUUGGACUGUAUGAGACUCAGUCAUUCAUUCAUUUAUUCAUUCAACCAGCUGAUAUUUAUUGAGCACUUACAGUGUAUCAGACAUUAAUGAAUGCUAGAUCAUGGUAAUGAACAGAAUGGACAAGGCCUCUGUCCUCUUCGGGGAGACAAGAAAAAAAUUAUGGUUUUUGAGAGGUGUUAGGAAGGAAAGAAUCAUAAAUAUAUUAGGCAUGCCCUUAGUACUCAGGGCACCUUAGGCUUAUGGGAAAGUAGCAUUCUCAAAGGCUACUACAAAAAAAGAGCUUGCCAGUUGGUGAAAAUAUUGCAGUAAAUCUACCUUUCCUAGGCUGUUGGGAUGUGGCCCAGGUCUAGCGGAAUGCUCUCUAGCAUUGGUAUUGAGGAGGUCUGGUUGACUAACUCAAUCAAACAAAAAUUAAGUUUUCUUUGCUAAUCUAAAAAGCCUUUCAAGGUUUUUAUACCUCCAGUUUGGCAUGGUAGGCAUCGAUUAUCAUUAUAGACCCUAACUGCCACUUUUUUGGCCGUCUGGGUUGUUGGUUUUUCAGACAAACCAGCUUUUUAUGAAAGUAGUGGGAAAGAAGUUAAAUCGGAUCUGCCAGAAAUUCCCAAGAGCAUAAUUGUCUUCCACCAGCCUCCCCAUGAGUAAGAGACCCCAACUGAUUUGCUAUUAAUCAUGGAAUUUUUCAUUUUCACAAUUUGUCAAAGUCCCCCUUUUAUAGUGUCACUUAUAUUCAGUAGUCAUUUUUAACUACUUACUCUAUUUCUGUUCUUUUCCUUUGAAAGACGGAUAGCACCUUUUUAAAAAAAAAACAAAAACACCCAUUCCUUCAAUCUUAACACAACAGUUUUCAUUUUUGCAUGUAACUUUCAGGCUUUGUCCACAUAUGAACAUAUAUAGCAACACAUAGCUAUAGUUAUACUGUGUUACCUAACUUUGUGGCUUAAUACCCAAGAACACAUUACUGUUGCCAUUUAGUAGAUGGCACCAGUCACCAUUUUCCCAGUGAUUCUAUUUUCAAACCAUUUUUUCUUGGGAACAAGUUGAUUUCCUAAGGCUCAUAGCAUGAAUGCUUGUUUCUGUUACAAAAAGCAAAGCAAAUUGACUCAGCUUUCCAUUUUGAUUGACUAUUACGUGCCAGAAAGGUUUUAUUUUCUCUGUAAAAUCCAGAAAUGCAAAAUAAAUGCUAUUUAUUUUUAAAUUUUUUGAAUAUUCUGUUAGAAUUCUGUAAAUACAAGUUACCUUUAUGAGUAAAUUAUUUUGUGUGCUAAAAGAAAUUAAAAGAUAAUGUGUUGACAUUUUAAAUUAGUUUAAAUCAAACUAAUUAAUUGUGUGUAUCCCAGUCUGGUUUACUAGUUAUUUAUGAUUCCCAUGAACUGUGAUGUGUUUUCUCAUUAUUUUAACUCAGAAUGAAAAGGCAGCAGUUUCCUUUAUAGGAACACUCAGAUUGUUUCGUUCUAAUGCACUGUGAUUAUCUCCUUGAAGAAUAAAAUUUGGUCCCUACUUAUUGAAUUUCUAUUAGUACGUUGUCACUGAACAUUUCAAAUGGGAAGAUGUUUAAAUUAUUGACAUCCUUCAUUGGUAUAUGUGAUGGUUAGGUUCAUCUGUCAACUUGGCCAGGUGAUGGUACCCAGCUGUCUGUUCAAGCAAGCACUGGCCUAACCGUUGCCGUGAGGACAUUUGUGGCUGGUUAAUAAACCA